UUGGAUGCUUUCGUGCGGCCGAAUGCUGUGGGAAAUAAACACUCCCUCGUGAAAAACCUCUGGGCGAGAAACAACGAACGACACAGACAGAAACUCGACACUACACCAACGAUAAAACCAUUCAUCAGUUGAAGUCUCUGUUGUUAUGUUGGCAGCAUAAUCUUGUUUUUUUUUUUGUUUCUCCUUCUCCUUCCAACUCGUGACUACUAGCGACCCACUACUGGCAUUGAGAAAAUCCGACCUAUUCCUUAGUAAACGCCCUCGAGAAUAUCCCUACACGUUCGUCAAAGUUCUUGCCAUUCUCAUUUGUGGCGUAGUUACGAAUUUCACUGCGACAGUUUGUUUGAAAGACGUUCUUGCUGCAGACGUUCAUUUAAUUUAAUGUCGUGUUUUUGUAUGUGCGUGAGGCGCGUGCUAGUCAUCUGUUGAACGAGAUUUAAAAAAAAAAUGGCUGACCGACGAGUACAGUCAAGAUGUACUCGUCAACGAGAAACCCUCAACUUGUCUGAGUUACUGGAAAAUCAUCCGCUAGUAUUACGCCGCGAUGAGAAUUGACUGCAGUUGUCGCCACCGCAGAGGCGAGCCGUCUGUCGUUCGUAAUACCACCGCGGAUCCAUCCAGUUUGUCGUCGACGCAUCACUCCUGGAAUCGCACGAAGAAAAGCCUGUCCACUGCGGAUCUACCGAUGAGCAACCAGCGACCGCAACGCCACAAAACGUACAGCGAUCCGGACCAUGUUGCAGCGGACAGUCACUUUCCAAGCGGAAGGAGGCGUUGCAGAAGUCUGGACUGCCUGUGCAUGAAGCGGACAUUAGUCGCCAUGGCCAGCGGAUGGCUGCACGGUUAUCAGUCGGCACAGCAGGAGGAGAUAGGAGCAGUAUCGGAUGAAGAUAUUAGCAGCGGAAGCAGCGCAGCAGCCUCGGGAUCCUCCCAGCCACCGCAGCCGAAUCAGCAAGAGCAGCAGAGUCGAGUGUGCACGAGCCUUUCAUGGGAUAGCGGCUACAACGAAUGUGCAAACGAUCUGAGAGAUCACUUCUCGCCAACUGGCCGACGUCUGGUUAGCACCAUGCGGAUGCCCUCAGUAGUGGUCAGUGACUGUUCAGACGAUCCUAUUGAAAACAGCGACACAGUCAUUUCGGCCAACGGAUACUAUCGCCUCAACGAACUGCCCAGUCCGACCCUUUCGUCACAUUCCAGCUCUGGACAGGACACGACACACGAAAUGGACCAGGCCGAGAAUAGUGCUGCAUCUUGGGGCUGGUCGUCAUCGUACAGAGCCGGAUCAAGUGGUUUUCUAAUUCUCCCUGGACAAGGAUCUAUAGAUGAUGACACUGCGUUAUCGUCCAGCUUGCUCUCCGUUCGCCGACUAUCUGAUUGCAGCAGUUGCAGCUCUUUGGCCACACUGGACAUGGAACCGUGCUGUCCUGGCCCAUGCUCUGCCCAGGCUCCUUCCACCUGCUUCCAAGCUGAUCCUCAUCAGCCGUUUCAGUUGAGUUUCGAAAUGUCGCCGGACGUACCCGAAGGAGGUGAACCAACGAAACAAGAGGAAUCAUCAACCGACGAUACCAAUUCGUCCACAAAGGUCUCAGCGUGGCGUAAAGUGCGCAGCGCCGUCCAGUGGUCCCCAUUUGUCCAGACAUUUCGACGCCAGCGCUACCCUUGGGUUCAAUUGGCCGGCCACCAGGGCAAUUUCAAACUUGGAGGCGAGCGCGGCACCAUCCUGAAGAAACUCUGCCCCAAAGAAGAAAGCUGCUUCCAGCUGUUGAUGAAGGAUCCGCUUCGGCCAUUCAUACCCUCUUAUAAGGGCAAUGUGACAUCCGACGAUGGCGAGAAAUUUCUAGUUCUGGAAGACCUUCUGGGAGACUUUCGCAACCCGUCCGUUAUGGAUUGCAAACUGGGAGUGCGCACUUAUCUCGAAGACGAGUUGGCAAAAGCCAAACUCAAACCAAAAUUACGAAAAGAUAUGUUUGAGAAAAUGUUACAAGUCGAUCCGAGCGCCCCGACGGCUGAGGAACUUCAGAUGGGUGGCGUGACCAAACCGAGAUACAUGGUGUGGCGAGAGACUAUUUCAUCGACGGCCACUUUGGGCUUCCGGAUCGAAGGCAUCCGCAAACAGGAUGGUAGUUCCAGUAAAGACUACAAAACUGUAGGCUCUUCUCAACAGAUUGUGAGCGUCCUACAUGAUUUUGUGCAGCAUCAUCCUCACGCAUUGGCUAAAUAUAUUGAGCGACUGAAUCAAUUGCAAGCCACAUUGGCUCGUUCCGAAUUUUUCGCAACGCAUGAGUUGAUCGGCACGUCGUUGCUUUUCGUCCACGAUCACAGCAAAGCAAAUAUUUGGAUGAUCGAUUUUGCUAAGACUCAUCGGCUGCCAGGCGGAGUCCAGAUCGAUCACAACAGCCCCUGGCGUGUGGGCAAUCACGAAGACGGUUACCUGAUUGGUUUGUGCAAUCUAACGCAGCUGCUGGACCAACUAUUGGUGAAUCGGGACCAAAACCACACCACCAAUCCAACCUAAACACAUCGAUAUCGGCAAUUAUAAAAAAUUUCUUUUGAAAAAAAACUUACACGUACUAUAUGUAAACGAUGGGUCCAAUUUGAGCCUCGUUGUUUUGUUUUUUUGAUAUUGCGAGAGCUGUCAUUCCCAAAGAACGUUCCAAGUUUAAUUGGUUAGGAGUACAGGAGAUAAUGACUGCUAUUCGUGUGUCAUAUUUAAUGUCGUUAUCGGACACGAAAUGAUUUACAUUUCCAGUGCAAUCUCUCUGAUGAAAACUACGGUUUACGUCAACUGAUCAUUUCCAAGUGCCUCUUCAAUUACUGUCUGUAAAUCUGUUGAAUAUCUUUCCUUUUUUUUUCAUGUGUGGAUUCGGGCAGCGCACGUGCCAUUUUUCAGGAUUCCUUAAAUUUUUGAUACAUUCGUGCUGUUCCCAAACUGUCCCAUUCAAACUAUGUCAAUAAUUAACUUUAGUGUUUUUUAAAGAGUAUUUCUGACACAACUAUCUAGCUUCAAAUAUACUAUUGCAGCAUCAA